UUAUCCGCUCUCCGUCCCAGCAUCUCAUCAUACGAUGGCAUCCGAUCUUCCCGAACAACAUCAGGCCCUCGUCCUCGAGGAUCGUGAGGCCGGUUUCGAGCUCAAAACGCUGUCAACGCCGCAGCCCGGUCCUGGCAGCGCCAUCAUUCUCAUCGAGUCCGCUGGGAUACUUCCAUACCAUCAUCAAGUCAUCCGCCAUUACCCAAUCCCCAUCCCGCUCGUUGGCGGCUUUAGUGCGAUCGGACGCAUUGCAGCAAUCGGCCCAGACGCAGUUGCACUGCAGCUGGGUCAGCUCGUGUACGUGGACUGUGUUAUACAUGCGCGCGACGACCCGGAUGAGUUUUUCCUAUCGGCCGUCAUCGAGGGAUUCACGGAUGGAAGCAAAAAAUUGAUGCGAGACGUAUGGCGCGAUGGGACGUUUGCCGAAUAUUUCAAGGCUCCGCUGGAGAACUGCAUCCCGCUCAACGAGAAUCGUUUGUGCAAAGAGCUAGGAUAUUCGAUCCCGGAGCUUACGUACAUGGCCUACUUGCUCGUCCCGUAUGGGGGGCUAAGAGACAUCAAGCUUGAACCGGGUGAAACCAUUGUCAUCUGCCCAGCGACCGGCGGAUACAGCGGCGCAGCGGUACAAGUUGCCCUCUCGAUGGGCGCGAGAGUGAUUGCCAUGGCUCGGAAUGGAGAGAAGCUAGCCAAGCUGAAAGAGCAUGUGGAGAAGACAUCCCCCGGUGCGAAUCUCGAGACAGUACUCAUUACAGGAGACGAAAGCAACGAUGCCGCUGCCCUGAGAGCUUUUGGCACCAUUGACGCCGCGCUCGACUUAACACCAUCAACUGCCGCCACGUCGGCGCAUACGAAGAGUGCGAUCCGGGCGCUGCGACGGGGAGGGAGGGUGAGCCUGAUGGGCUCAACUAACAACAUCGGCGCUGGUGAAAUCUUGACAAACGAUAUUACUCUGAAAGGGAAAAUGAUGUACGACAGGCCGGACAUCCUGCAGUUGAUCAAAAUGCUUGAGAGAGGUCUGUUCUCCCGCGGCACCAACUUUGUUGACGUCAAGACAUUUGCUCUGGGAGACUGGAAACAGGGUCUAGACACCGCGGCUGACCAUGUGGGCAUCGGCAAGUGUGCCGUCUUUGUUCCACGGGCUUAAGCUCUCGUCAUUCUACACCCCAUGAUAUGCCUUAUACUGACGAUGAUAUUCGGGACCGAAUGUUCGUUUCGGUCCUUCCGGCCGGUCCCUGGCGUGCACGUGGCUGG